AUGGCAGACGAUGGAGAAGUUGUAUUCACCUCGGUCAAGGACCGCAUCGCCGCGAUGAAGCUGAACGAAGUCGGCCGGUCACCUAUCGUACCGCAACCGCAUGGCCAACCCGGACCUCCGCGAGUGCGGCCUCCACCUCCAGCGGUUCCAGCACGGCCAGCUGCGUCCCGCGUACAAUCCACAAAUGUGCCCCCGGUACAAAGCAACGCUCCGACAACAGCCAGGCAUAUUGGCAACCAGCCUACACCAGUUACCAACCGCCCUAUUCUACCUCCGCCGCAAAUCAAGAAAACCAUUGGUGAUACCGAAGAGCGACCCUCACUCCCAGCGAGACCAUCCCAGGAAUCGGCAAAGACGCCCCCAUUACCGCCUCGUACACCGUCUGAGCACAGCGUGAGUAGACGAGACUCAAUCGAAUCGGUAUCGUCUGUACGGUCAGGCCAAUCUUCCUUCUCCGCCGCCUCGACACACAGCACAAGCUUCAGCGGCGCAUCACGAAGACCAUCCAACGAUGCGCAGUCAAGCAGAGUCAAGGCUCCCCCUUUCGACCCCUCGAAGCUGCCCGUCAUACUGGCCAAGAAAGAAGAGGAGACAAAAGAGCAGGCUAGAGCUCCCCUCAAGCCCACGUACUCGGCCCCCAAUGUUAUACCGAAGCCGCAACCAUCGCCCUUUACUCAGUCUCCGCCUCCUUUACCCAGUCGGCCUCCUCUCCCAGCGCGCCUCUCGGCAAAGCCCACUCAACCUGCCCCGCCGAAGCGCUCGGCUCUUGACUUCGCCAUGAACAGAAGUACCGAGACACCUCCCCCCGUGCCCGCAGCCCGACCUGCCUCCACCGCCAACGGCGCCCCCCCGCCCAUCCCGCUCUUGACCCGCCCCGACCUCAUCGCUCUCCAAGCCUCGAAACCCAGCUCCACCAGCCCAGGCACCUGCCUCAAAUGCCGGGACUUUACCGCCGCCGACACCCACGCCACCCGCUUUCCUCGCGAGUCCCUCCCAACCCACGAUCUCGCCAGGCUCGCUUCCCAACUCACAUUCCCCUUCCCUUCCUUGACCGACAAGGCCCGCGUGAUAUUCACCUGGCUCCACCACAACAUCGCCUACAACGUCGCCGACUUCUCGGCCGGGACCGUCAAGCCUUCCACCCCCGCCAGCACCCUCGGCACGGGGCUGGCCGUCUGCGAAGGCUACGCAGGCCUCUUCGCCGCGCUAGCCAUGCAUGCAGGUCUCGAGGCCAUGGUCGUAGGCGGGCACGGCAAGGGCACGGGAUAUGCGGCGCCCGCGCCAGGUGCGAGGUUGCCGCCUCCCAACCCCACCGGCCACGCCUGGAACGCCGUCCGCAUCGACGGCGGGGCGUGGAAGCUCAUCGACUGCUGCUGGGGCGCCGGCGCCGUGAACGGGAAGGGCUGUCCGUACGUGAAGCGCUUCGCGGCUGAGUGGUUCACGAUGUCCAACGAGGAGUUUGGGGAGAAGCAUUUCCCCGAGGAUGGCGGGGAGUGGUUUCGGAGCAAUGGGAGGAGGCUGGCGUGGGACGAGUAUCUCUUGCUUGACGCGGUGGAGCGGCCGCUGGUGUAUACGGGCGUGGAUAAGGAGCAUGGGCUCGGUGAGCGCACGUUCUUGCCCGGGGAGAAGAAGAUCAGGGUGAAUGAUGCUGCACAGCCGGCGGUGGUGAGGUUUCAGUUCGGCAAGAUUUGUGAGCAUUGGGAUCAUGAGGCCAGGGGGCUGGGAAAGCCGUAUCUGUUCCUGCUCAAGAUCGGGGGUAGAGAUGGCAGGGCGGAGGAGUAUCUGCCGUUUCGGUUCAAUGGGAAUGGGCAGGUGUGGUGGGUGGACUGUCCGAGGGUGGAGCUGGGCGCGCCGGGCAUGCAGGUCCUUGUGUAUACGUUCAGGGAGCUAAAUGGGAAGGAUAUGAGGGGUGCAACGGUGGGGGAUUGGGAGGGGAGGAAGAGGUGUAUCAAUGGGAAGGGUGCGAGUUGGGGCUUUGGAGGUGUGGCGAUGUGGGAGUUGGUGUAG